UUGUCAUUUCUCUAAUGUAUAGGUUCGCUAGUAACACCUGUCAGUUCGUUAAAUGGUCUUAAAUUAAAUGGUCUAUAUAAUGUUGUUUUAACAGGUUCUAACUUUCUGACGCCUCUGUUAUUUGAUUAGGUAAAUUGAAAAUUGGGACGGAGGUCAAUUGGAAAACUCAAGACCACGCCCAGACAAUUCAAUAAAACUGUCAUUCACCGUAUAUACAACUAUAUGUAUAUUUGUAUAUCAUGAUUGAUAAAUAUAUACAGUUCAAGAUCCUGGUGUUUAUGUUAGUAAAUGGAUACGGGCAGAAUGUUAAAUAUAAUCAGGAUAGCGGAUUGCGCGCACCACCUCAAUAUGCAUCAAUUAAUCUUGCUGGUGCCUCUGGUGAUGAUUCAUUUUAUAGUAGUCGCUAUAAGCAAUCGGAAAAAUUUGGUUCAUUACCGGAUGGAAAUUAUUGCCCAGAAUAUUGGUUGGUUUAUAGAAGUUCCUGUAUACGUGUACAUAAAUCCCCACGGAAGGAUUAUCUAAAUGCCCAAAAAAUUUGUCAAGCUUAUCAAGGCGACUUACUCAGUGUUGAUAAUAUUGAUAAACAUACAUUCAUUCUUAAAAUGCUGGACAAUGAAAACAAUAAAAAUAAUCGAUAUUUUAUAUCUGCCAGACAGGUCUCGCCUGGAAAUUGGAUUAAUGCGGAUAAAUCACAACUAGCUUCCGUUGAUGAUUCUUUUAAUUACAACGAUGAAGAUAAAAGCAGUUUUAAUUCAAUUUUCAACAAUAAUAAAAUAGCACAAGAGAAACCGAUUCCUCAUAGAAAUUAUGGAUUAGGCAUUAACACAGAUCGGAUUUAUUUAACAUACGCUUUUAACACCAUCAAUGAGAAAUGGCAGUUUCAACCGACGGGGCCGUACGAUUUAAAUUUAUUUAUAUGUGAGUCACAGCAGCUGUAUAGUAUUGAAAAUUUAAACGUAUUGGAGGACGACCGCCGCAGCUAUGAUUAUGGUGUCGAAGUGACAGAUAUGAACAAAAUACCUAGAGGGCCUUAUUUCAUAAAACAACCACGUGAAACUACGUACGAUACUGGAAAAGCCAAAAUCACGAAAGAUGUUAUGUUAAGUUGUUUAGCGGGAGGAUACCCUACACCGUCAUACUUAUGGUAUAAAGAGCUUUACUCAAAUGAUAAUGUUACCGUUAUAAAGUUGGAUCCACUUAAAAAUCCUCGAUAUACGACAAGCGGAGGAAACCUAAUAAUACAUGAUCCCCAACAGAUUCAAGAUCAAGGAACUUAUCACUGUGUUGCAGAAAACAUGUUCGGACGGAUACUUUCAGAAAGCGUGGAAUUGAAUUUUGGAUAUAUAUUGGAAUUUAAUUUGCAACGUUCUUCAGAAACCGGUGAGAUGAAUUGGGGUAAAUCAUUGUAUUGUGAUCCUCCUCAACACUAUCCAGAUGUACGAUAUUACUGGUCUCGUGACUUUUUCCCAAACUUUGUUGAAGAAGAUCAACGUGUUUUUGUUAGUCAUGAUGGAUCGCUGUAUUUUUCGUCACUAGAGAUCAAGGAUCGGGCUAACUACUCAUGUAAUGUUCAAAGCACUGUUAGUGACACCGGUAGAAAUGGCCCAUUUUUCAAUCUACAGGUAGUAUCUCACCCGCAUUAUCAGGAUUUGAUUUUUGCGAACACAUUUCCUAAAAAAUUUCCCGAAGCUCCGAUAGCUGGUAAAGAUAUUCGACUAGAGUGCAUGGCAUUUGGCUAUCCUGUACCAUCUUAUAACUGGACUAAACUAAAUGGUAAUCUUCCACGCUAUUCAUACCAAGAAAACUUUAACAGAGUACUAAUAAUUAAAAACUCUACCGUCAAUGAUAAUGGAGAAUAUAUUUGUACGAUAAGAAAUGAUAGAAAAUCUCUGUUCAAAAGCAUUCUCGUCAAUGUACAAAUGGAACCAAAUUUUACGAUACCGCUGAAAGACAAAGCGAAAGAUUAUCAAAGUUCUGUAACGUUCUUGUGCGAGGCUUCUGCCAUUCCAGAUGUCAACUAUACAUGGUACAAAAAUGCAGAGCUGAUGGAAACUGAAAAUUUCAAAUUUAACAAGGACAAAUAUGUAAUACAAGAUAAUGUUCUUAAGAUAAAUUUUCUUGAUCCAGAAGAAGACGACGGAAUGUAUCAAUGUAAAGCAGUCAAUCAGCUAAAAGGUGUAUACUCUUCUGCGCAGCUGCGUGUAUUAUCUAUGAAACCUUCAUUUAAGAAAAACCCUUUAGAAUCAGAAAUAUAUUCCAUUUCUAAUGGCAACACAAGUAUUGAAUGUCAUCCAGAAGCCGCCCCACGACCUAAAAUUGUAUGGAAAAAGGAUGGUAAUGUUAUAGGGAGUGGAGGACAUCGCAGAAUUUUGCCUACAGGAACUUUACAGAUAUCACCAACAUCCCGAGAUGAUGAAGGUUUAUACACAUGCGUUGCAAGUAACUCCCAAGGCGUUGCAGAAUCUAAAGCUCGUCUAAUUGUAUUACAGGAACUACGAUUUAUUGAACAACUUCCACCAAAGUUAAUUAAGCAAGUGAAUGAAAUGCUUUAUUUGAAAUGCGAUGUGAGUUACGAUGAGGUUUUGGAUGUCGCGUUUCUCUGGGCACACAAUAAUCGUGUAAUGAAUAUUAAUGAUGAAGAGAAUGAGCCAUUACAGAAUUUCAAAUUUAAAGUUAGUUAUAACAGCUUAGAAGUUUACAAUUUAACGCAAUUGGAUGCUGGAGAAUAUGAAUGUAUUGCAAAAUCAGCAGUGAAUCAAAUUGUUUCGAAAACAACUGUUUUUGUACAGGGUCCACCUGGAGCUCCGGGAGCGAUAAAAGUAAUUGACAUCAAAAAAACCGACGCAGUUUUAGAAUGGAUUGAUGGAACUGAAAAUGGAAGACGUAUUUUGUUUUAUGACAUUCUUGGAAGAAUCAAUUGGAAUAAAACAUGGGUGAAUAUAUCACAAAACGUUAUUGCAGAAGAAGUUGAUCGCUAUAAUGGUAGAAGACGAGCAACUGUCAGUAAUUUGACACCAGGUUGUGGUUAUGAGUUCAGUGUGGUAGCAGUGAAUGAUCUAGGUGCAAGUAUUCCUAGUUUACCUUCGCCAGUUUACAACACACAGAAGGAUAGACCAUAUAUUGCUCCACGAAAUGUUGGAGGUGGUGGUGGAAAAAUUGGUGAUUUGACUAUCACCUGGGACACACUACGUCCUGAAGAGCAAAAUAGCAUUGAUAUUCACUACAAAGUGUUUUACAGACUAGUUGGCCAACGCGAAUGGGCCUCAGAAAUAUUAAAACGCCAAGGAAAUGUUGGAAGGGCAGUUGUUCAUAUUCCAUUCGACAGAUAUUAUACCCAAUAUGAAGUGAAGGUGCAAGCUAUGAAUGACCUUGGAGAGGGUCCAAUGAGUGAUGCUGCAAUUAUUUACUCCGCUGAAGACAUGCCUCAAGUUGCUCCACAGCAAACAAUUGCGAGAAGUUAUAAUUCUACUGCUCUUAAUGUGAGUUGGGUGCCUGUAUCACAAACCAGAGAAUCUAUUCGAGGAAAGCUAAUUGGACAUAGGGAGCAUCGAUUUCUGAUUGUCGGCCCGAUCUGGGAGUUUGCUCCAGGUUCGAUUUACGCUGUUCAGGUGGAGAGGUGUAACGGCCCCCACGCGUCCCGUAGAGGCCUACAGGGUUCCGUCACAUUAUUCUACCGCAUUCUUUUCGACGCUGGCACGGCCAACGAACUUUUCUUUUCGACGUUGGCACGACCAACGAACUCCGCUUGGCUUGGGUGA